AUGAACAACUUUGGCGUCAUCGAGCUCGCCAGCGCCAAAACGACUUCGGCCCCCGGAUGGGCCUACGUUCCUGAUACCGGCGCCCUGCCUGGAGCCAACGCUCUACAGCCGGCAAACCGGAAGCGAGCUCGCAAUGCGCCCGCGGGCGUGACGGCCGGCGACUUGACGGCGCGGCAGGAGGCCAAGAUCCGGAAAGAAAUCGAAGCGCUGGAGAGAGAUGGGGGCAAGGACAAUUCGAUUUCGAUACCUGCAAAGAGCAGCAAAGCUACUGGAAAGUACACGCCAAACGUUCGAAAGAUCUUACAGUCGCAAAAGACGUUUUCAAACCACCUGGACGACUUCCUGGCUCUGCAGGCACAGGCUGAGGGCGGCCCAACUGCGGCGAGCAAUAAUCGGCCUACCAACACCAACGCCAAACGUCCAGCCGGCAAACGAGACGCUACUGCCACACCUACUGCGACUACCAAGCCGUCGUCGGGCAUACAAGAAGAAGAUGUGACAAUGGCGGAUGCAAACCUGCCCCCGGUAUUGGUAGGAUCGUACAGGCCGCCACCAACUGCGCAUCCUGGCGACAACGAUCCGCUCCUGGUAUCUCGUAUGCCCGAAGUGCCAUCGGAUGAGGAACUAAGGAAGCUGCUGGCUCACCCACCGCUCACAUACUACGAGGCCAGAGGCAAAUGGGAGGACAACUACCCCACACGUGUCUUCUGCGAAGUUUGCGGAUAUUGGGGACGGGUGCGGUGCAUGAAGUGCGGCACGAGAGUUUGCGCAUUGGACUCCCCCCUGGCUAAAAAAGAGUCCGAGGAUCUCCCGCGUGCAACUUUGAUUGGUAUUCCUGCCCCUCCAUUCGAAAGGCCAAACAGCAGCCUUCUUCAACGCCAUUCGCAACGAGAAAGGAAUAUCGCCAUGUCUUCCGAGCAAGUUGAUGCCCCCAAGGCGGCCGAGGGCGCUCCCGCCCAGAACCUUCCUUCACGGCCCGCGAAGCAGCCCAAGGAGAAGAAGGCCGGCGGUGGAAAGGCUUCACUCGAGCUGCCGGUUCUCCCAGAAUUCAUUCAACACCGUAUCGCCAUCUUCGACAAGAUCAAGGCCAAGCGCGACGCCGAGGCUGCUGGUUCGUUUUCGCACAGGAUAUUCGCUGUCAUGUAUAUGUGGGAGGUGCUAACGAAUGUGUCUUUUGCAGCCAAGCCUCGCGAGGAAAUCACCAUCUCCAUGCCCAAUGGCAAGGAGGAGAAGGGUAUCGCUUGGGAGACCACUCCUGGAGCCAUUGCCAGGGGCAUUUCCAAGUCCUUGUUCGAGCGCACCGUCAUCUCCAUGGUUGAUGGCGAGCUCUGGGAUCUUACGAGACCCCUUGAGAAGAGCUGCAAGCUCGAGCUGAUUGACUUUGAACACGAGGAGGGCAAGAAGGUCUUCUGGCACUCUUCAGCACACGUUCUCGGCGAGGCUGCUGAGAAGCGAUUUGGCUGCUACCUCUGUAACGGUCCCCCCACCACCGACCCUCCCGGAUUCUACUACGAUAUGGCCAACAUGGAGGGCCAAGUCGUGCAGGAGGAAGACAAGAAGGCCUUGGAGACGCUGGCCAACUCCAUCAUCAAGGAGAAGCAGCCCUUCGAGCGUCUAGAAAUGACCAAGGAUGAGCUCCUUGAGAUGUUCAACUACAGCAAAUACAAGGAGUACUUUAUCAACCAGCGUGUUCCCGACGGCACCACGAGCACAGUCUACCGAUGCGGCCCUCUCAUCGAUCUUUGCAGAGGCCCUCACGUCCCCACCACUGGAAACAUCAAGGCAUUUUCAGUUCUCAAGAACUCUGCCGCAUACUGGCUUGGCAACAGUGCCAACGAGUCCGUCCAGAGAAUUUCUGGUGUCUCAUUCCCCGAUAAGAAGCAACUCGAAGAGUACAAGACAUUCCUCGAGGAAGCAGCCAAGCGCAACCACCGAAAGAUUGGUCUGGAGCAGAAGCUCUUCUUCUUCGACGAGGUUUCACCUGGUUCUACAUUCUUCUUGCCCCACGGCACAAGAAUCUACAAUGCCUUGAUGGAGCUGAUCCGUGGCGAGUACAAGAAGAGAGCAUUCGACGAAGUCAUCAGCCCCAACGUUUACAAGUCUGACCUGUGGAAGACAUCGGGCCACUGGGGACAUUACGCCGAGAACAUGUUCACCUUUGAGGUUGAGAAGGAGACAUACGGCCUGAAGCCCAUGAACUGCCCUGGCCACUGUAGAAUCUUUGCCCACUCAGACGUCACUUACAAGGAUCUGCCAUGGAGGAUGGCUGAUUUUGGUGUUCUUCACCGAAACGAGUUCUCUGGUGCCCUCACUGGACUUACCCGUGUGCGCCGCUUCCAGCAGGAUGAUGCUCACAUCUUCUGCACGGUCGACCAGAUCCGUGACGAGAUUGUGGGGGCCUUUGACUUCCUGUACGCCGUCUACGGCCUGUUUGGCUUCUCCUUCAAGCUGAAGUUGUCGACCCGACCAGAGAAGUACAUCGGCGAGAUUGCCAUCUGGGAUAUGGCCGAGAGCAAGCUCAAGGAGGCUUUGGACAACUUUACAGAGAAGAUUGAUUCCAAGUGGGAGGAGAAUCCUGGUGACGGUGCUUUCUACGGCCCCAAGAUUGACAUUACGGUGUACGAUGCUCUGCGACGAGAGCACCAGUGCGGCACGAUCCAGCUCGACUUCAACCUGCCUCAGCGAUUCAAGCUGCGUUACGUUGCCGCCAAGGACGAGAGCAGUGCCAACCAGGACAGCAACGACCCCGAGCUGCCUGUCGGCUACGCCCGACCCGUCAUGAUCCACAGAGCUGUGCUGGGCAGCUUCGAGCGAAUGUUUGGUAUUCUUACCGAGCACUUCGCCGGCAAGUGGCCGUUCUGGCUGAGCCCCCGCCAGGUCCUGGUCGUUCCUGUGAUGCCUGCUGUAAACGAGUACGCCAAGGAGCUUCAGCAGACGUUCCAGGAGAAGGGCAUUUACAUCGACGUUGACCUGAGCAGCAACACCUUCCAGAAGAAGAUCCGCACGGGCCAGUUGGAGCAAUACAACUUUAUCUUUGUCGUCGGAGCCGAAGAGGCCUCCUCACGCACCGUCAACAUCCGAAACAGAGAUGACCAGAGCACACAGAGCAAGGGAGCGCUGAUUCCUGUGGAUGAGGCACUGGAGAAGCUGCUGGCUCUGAAAGGAGAGAGAAGGCUUGUCAACGGUAUCUGA